UGCCGCUGCCUGCGCAGCCUGACCGAGAGACGGGACAGGGCAGAGCAGGAGCAAGAGGAGGCGGCGCCUGAGGCCCUGGAGUCUGAGGAGCCAGCCGCUCUGCCAGCUCCCCAGGCCCUGCUGGCUCGCCUGCUGGUGGUGGCGGCAGUGGCUCCACACGCGGGCGGUGGCCGUGGAGCCGCGGCCCUGCAGCUGCUGCAGGCGCUCCCCAGCACGAUCCACGGAGCCGUGGGGGCGAAGUGGGCCGCAGACAUCCCCCUGCUGCUGCAGCACCUGGCAGGAACAACAGCGAGCUCCCUGGACGUGGCCGAGUGGGAGAGCCUUCUGCUGAAGUUCCUGCAAACCUCUCUGGAGCUCAUUGCGAGCGAGGCCUGGACCGUGGGCCUGAGCCAGGAGCUGAGCUGGCAGCUGGGCAGCUCUCCCCGCCUGUCCUGGGAGAAGCGGUUCCUGUACAAGGCUCUCGGCACGGCCCUGGCAGCUUGUGGGUGUCUCCACCACGUGCAGGAGCAGACCUUGGAGCACCUGAAAGCAGCCAACUUCCUGGAGCUGUGGCAGGCGCAGGGCAUGGUUUCAGUUGUGUCCCGCUGUGCCGAGAGCCACUUCCAGCUGGCCUUGUCCUUGGUG